AUGGAUAUAACUGCUGUAAAAUCCCACUUGGAAUAUGCCAAAGUUUGUGUAGAAAUAGGCGUUAACGAUGUUAUUCCCAAAUUCGUUGACGUGGUUCUUAAUGAUGGUAAAACCACCUCUGUUGUGGUUGAGGUGCCUUGGUUCCCCUCUUGUUGUAGGAAAUGUAGUGUCUUCGCUCAUAGUGAGAAAAAUUGCAUCUCUCUGAAAAAUCAACCUCUUGUUAAACAACAAGUUUGGAAAAAGAAAGAAGUCUCUAGUUCAUCUCCAGUGUCUGAGCCCGCUGUUGGAGGCAUUGAAUUAUUGCAAGAAUCUGAACCUAAUAUCCCUAACAAUGUUGUUGACACCUUUAAACAUCUUGUUGAUAUUGUUGAUGUUAUUAUUGAAUCUACUGUAGAGGAUUCUGCUGAUAAAUUACAAGAUACAAUAGCUCUUACCUGUGCUUCUAGUGAAGGAAAUGAUCCAUCUCUUUCUAAAACUUCUGAUGUUCAUACUGAUACUUUAUCUAAUUCUCAGUUUUCUAACUCAAAGAGGGGUAGGGGUAGACCAACAAAGAACAAAUCCAAAUUAGGUUUAUCUGAAUCAAAUAACAGAUUUACAGCUCUUAGUGUUGUUGAUGAUUAUUCUUCUGUUCCUGAAGGCCAACAAAGAAAAAUUAGACAAGCUUCCUUGGGAGUAGCCAGUAUUGUUAAUGACCUAAAACAGAAAAAGAAAGACAAGAAACUUGAUAGAGUCCUUAUUAAUCACCAUUGGGUUAAUUCCUUUCAUUCUUCCCAGGUUGAGUUGCUUGUACCUGGAAUCUCAUACCAUUGCAUGGCUCUUCUCUGGACCCACAAAGAAGUGCAGGCUAAUAGACCAAAACCCUUCAAGUUUUUUAACUUCUGGGCCCAUCACUCAAAUUUUCUUAAUAUUGUUGAGCAAUCUUGGAACAAUCCUGCUAUGGGAAACCCUAUGCAAAAACUUUCCUUUAAGCUCAAGCGUCUUAAAACUCAUCUUAGAGCCCUUAACAACUCUUUCUACAGUGAUUUUUCCACUCGGGUUAAGCUUAAGAAAGAUGAACUGGAACAACAACAGCUCAAACCCCUCAAAGGUGAAGCUGGGUAUGAUUUGGAAAUUCCCUUACAAAAGGAUCUAAAGUCUCUUGAAGAUGCUGAAGCUAUGUUCUUAAAGCAAAAAAGCAAAGGUAAUGACAAAGACCCUAGCCCUGAUGGGUACACCCCUCUCUUCUUUAAAAAGCCUUGGGUUAUUAUUGGGGAUGAUACCUCUACUGCCAUUAACUAUUUCUUCAGGGAAUCCUUCUUACUUCCAGCUUUUAAUGCUACCACAAUAGCAUUGAUUCCUAAGAUUCCUAAUCCUAGUAAGGUCAAAGACUUUAGACCUAUCUCUUGUUGUUCUGUGGUGUAUAAAGCCAUAUCUAAAAUUCUGGUUAAUAGAAUGUCCAGACUUCUCCCAGACCUCAUCACUCUUAAUCAAUCUGCAUUUAUUAAGGGCAGAUCCAUCGUUGAUAACACUCUUCUGGCUCAGGAAUUAGUGAGAGGCUAUAAUAGGAAGAAUAUCUAUCCUCGUUGCUCAUUGAAAAUUGACCUCCACAAAGCUUUCGACUCUCUUAGCUGGGAUUUUAUCUCUGUUGUUUUAAAAGCUAUUGGUUUUCCUUCUCUCUUUAUUUCAUGGAUUGAAACUUGGUAUUCUACUGCAAGCUUCUCAAUUUCCUUAAAUGGGAGCCUUAUUGGUUUGAUUGGUUAUCAUCCCAAAUGCAAACGUAUUGGUCUUACUCAUCUUUCAUUUGCUGAUGAUCUCUUAAUUUUCUAUAAAGACACUGUGGAUUCUGUCAUUGGGGUCACUUCUGUCCUUGAUUCUUUUUAUGAGAUGCCUGGCAUUAAAUUAAAUGCUUCCAAAUGUGAUUUCUUUUCUGCUGGCAUUUCUUAUUCAACUCUUGAAGAACUGAAAUUGAUUACUGGUUUCAAAUUAGGCAGUUUUCCUAUUAGAUAUAUGGGCAUUCCUUUGGUCACAAGGAAAAUUUCAGAAAAUGAUUGUUCAACCCUUAUUGACAACAUUAAAGCUCGGUUGAAUAAUUGGUCUGGGAAGUUUUUAAGUUAUAUAGAGCAGUUAUUUUCAAGAUUCUUUUGGAAAGGGGCUGACAAGCCAGUUGCUAGUGCUGGAGUGAGCUGGCAGAAAGUCUGCCAACCUAAAUCAGAGGGUGGUCUCGACCUUAAAGACAUGAAAUCAUGGAACAAAGCUUGCAUGAUGAUUCACAUAAAGAAAAUUUUGGCUGGGGAAGGUUCUUUGUGGGUGGCUUGGUUAAGGAAUUACAUAUUCAAUGCUAAUGAUUUCUGGAUUGUUGCUAUUAAAUCAAACAUGAGCUUGAACUUAAAACAGAUCCUCAAAUUAAGGUUUGAAGCCUCCUCUAUUUUGUCAUCUGAUACUACAAAUGUUAGUGAUAUCUGGAAUGAGAUUAGGGUAAAGAACCCUAAAGUUCAAUAG